CUCUCUACUCUCGUGUGAUCAGUUAUUUUUAUCUCCGUCUUCCUUUUCUCCCACUUCCUCUCUCUGCUUCCUCUAGAUCUGAACUGUUCGUCGCAGGUGGUGUUUCUCUCUGUACAGCUUCGUCGGAUAAAGAGCAUAGGAUCGAGGCGCUCUUAUGCCUUCUACCAUUCGGGCUAGGACAGAAGGCCAUGUGAUCUGUUCCCAGAGGGGAUUUAUUAAUUCCACACUCUUAUCAACCCAGUGUUCCCUUGGUACACAAAAUGGAUAAAUGCAAGGGCUGUGGGAAAUUAGGGAGAAUGAUGCCAAGAGAUGAGUCUAUGGGUGGUUACCAUUUUACUCUUCUGUUGUCGCCUGUUGUUUCUGUUUGGGAUUGCAUCAUUCGUAAAAUGAGGUAUUCCUACAGACCUGAGUGGGUGUAGUUAUUUAUUUUAUUGGAUCAUAAAAGUUCUGAACAACGAAAUUACGUAGAAAUUAUUUAGAGUGAAAAAGGAAAAACAGAAAAAAGAAAAAGAGGGAAACACAUAUAGGAAAAUGUAUACAUUUUAGGGUUAUUCUUUAGGAUAAGCUGAGCAAACAGGAUCUGAUAUAUUUAGAUUGGUUGCUUUCAUGGAUAACGUGGCAUGUAAUAAGGUGCAACCUGUUGUGAGAAAAGCGAAGAAAAAGCAGGCUAAGGGUGAGUUGGAUCAUCUUAAACAGGCUGAGAAGAAAAAGAGGCGCUUGGAAAAGGCUCUCGCUACUUCUGCAGCCAUCCGAUCUGAGUUAGAGAAGAAGAAGCAGAAAAAGAUUGAAGAACAGCAGAGGCUUGAUGAAGAGGGUGCUGCAAUUGCAGAGGCUGUUGCUUUGCAUGUCCUACUUGGUGAAGAUUCUGAUGAUCCAUGUAAAAUUAUGCUAAACAGGGAAGAGGGGUUUAACCCUUGGCAUUGUGCAGAGAAUUUUCACCUCUUUAUGGGUGAAAGGAGAGCAUAUCUUCCUCAUCAAGACCAUGUAAGUUGUCCACUUGAAGGGUUGGGAUGGGUUUCAAAUGGUUAUGAACAUGGAUACAAGUUGGGGGACCAUGAAAGCGGUGACUGGUCACUCUCAUAUGCGCCUAUUGAAAGAAGUCUCCGUGCACCAUAUUUUGAUGAUGCAGGCUGGGAUACUGCACAGUUCUCUGCUGGUCUUCUUGCAGCUCAGGCCGUCUCAUCUCUUCAGAUCGCUGAGGAUGCACACGUAGACACUGUUGUGCUUGAUGGAAUACUGAGAGGAUAGACACACAUGUUCUGGUUAUAUUGCCGCGCCUCUUAAAAGAGUCUUGUUCAUGGUUUCAAAAACAGUUUGUACAUAUUUGUGAAUGUCUGGUCAUUGUAGUUGUGAGAUCUGCAGUCUGUUGCAUCCGUGUUGAAUAAUGCUGCACUAUGUGCCGUCACAGUUAUUUCGUUUCAUAGAACUGAUUUUUGUUCCUAGUGUUUGAACAA